ACCAUGUUUCAUUGGUUCCAUCUAAACAAAGCUAAAUGGACAAGAGUGCAUCGUAUAACAUGUUAUUCUUCAUUGGUAUGAUGCUAAUGUUAUCGAAGCAAGGGUUGGCCGAGCAACACGUAGUUGGAGGGAAACAAGGGUGGGAUGAAUCCACGGAUUUUGACUCAUGGGCUUCGGGUCAAACAUUCAAGGUUGGCGAUACUCUAGUGUUCAAAUACAGUCCAAUGCAUAGUGUUGCGGAACUUGGCAGCGAGAGCAAAUACAACAAGUGCGACAUGGGAGCGGCUACAAAUUCUAUGAGCGAUGGCAACAGUGUGGUGAAGUUAACGAAGGCGGGUACUAGAUACUUUGCUUGUGGUACAGCCGGACAUUGUGAUCAGGGCAUGAAGGUGAAGAUCACUACGGUGUCGGCUUCUGGUUCACCAUCGUCAUCAUCAAAUGCCACACCGACUUCGAAUUCGAGUGGGACAUACGUUGCAGGAUGGUUUGUUUUGGGAGGUCUAGUUUUGGUGGUGAGGUCUUUGAUGCACGUCUCGUAUUAAAGAGAGAUGAUCAUCAAAAUCUAGUUUGUUUUUGCAACUUAAGUUUGAGUACCCUUUUUCAUGUGUUUGUUUGUUUGUUUGUUUUAAUUAAUUAGCUCUCUUCAA